AUGUCCCUCGUGCAGCAUGUGUCGUCACUCGAGGGUGUGGAUGCUGUGCCAGGAUCUCAAGAUGAGCGCGAGUCCACCAACGGCACCUACAAUACCUCGAGGUCGAUUAAGCGAAAGAUCAGCUAUGAUUUCUUCCCCCAGUCCGUCUCAGCCAUCGAGGAUAUCACGACGACGGCCCCUUACAAAGUGUCCACCGCGAAGCGACUGGCCCAGGUUUUCGCCACGAUAUUAGCCUGCUGGCUCGGGUCCGGAAUAAUCUUUGGAUACGCAGCGUUGAAACCUGUGCUUAUCGCUCAAGGAGUAUAUCGGGAUUUAUGUCCUGCAGAUGAGCUGGAGGGGGAGUUCGAUACCUGCUAUGACCAGGAGCUGAGGUUGAACCUGUUUUUCACUGUCGGCUCUAUAACGACUAACGUGUGCUCGCUGCCGGUUGGUAGUAUGCUCGACCGGUACGGGUCGCGAGUUUGCGGGUUUGCGAGCUGCUUUUUUCUGGCUGCUGGCAGCUUGCUGAUGUCUUUCUCGUUCUCGUCGCAGUUCGACGGCUUCAUUGUUGCAAACUUUCUUCUUGCGCUCGGCGGCACGUUCUUGUUCGUCCCGUCUUUCCAGAUCGCCAAUGCGUUUCCGAAACACACUGGAACAAUUGUCGCUCUUGUGACGGGCGCUUUUGACGCAUCGGCCGCGGUCUAUCUGUUCUAUAGACUUGUGUUCGAAGCGAGCAAUGGCACUUUCACCCCGGACAAAUUCUUCCUCGCCUAUACCAUUGUUCCGGCUUUGAUCCUUAUCACUUGGAUCGUUUUAAUGCCAGCGCGCGAUUAUCAGACGACCCACCAGUUAGAGGUUCGGAUUGAGAAGGCAGAGGAUGCGACGGGGGAUGUUCACGAUUCAGACGACGAGAUCGACAGUUUGACCGAGCUCCAUCGAGUACGAAGCGAGAGGGCUGAGCGCCGUCGCUUGAAAAUCCAAGAAUUGGAUCAGGUUCUGGGAGACGAAGAAGAGCGGAAGCAUCGCGAGCAGCAGGAAGAAGAGCGCCAGCAGACUAGCGCUGUCUGGGGUGUUCUUCAUGGCUUGCCCGCUCACAAGCAAAUGGCGACGCCCUGGUUCAUACUCAUCACCAUAAUGACAGUGUUGCAGAUGCUCCGGAUGAACUACUUUAUCGCCACCAUUCGUAACCAGUACGAAUAUAUGCUCGACGAGGAGAAAGGCAUCGAGAUCAACAACUUCUUCGACGUCGCCUUACCCGUUGGUGGUGUCCUUUCCACCCCCUUUAUCGGACUGCUGCUCGACCAUCUCAGCGUCCCAUGUACACUGGCCCUGAUAGUUUUCCUCACCACGCUGAUUGGCGCCCUCAAUUCCAUCCCUACUCUCUGGACGGGCUAUUUCACCGUCAUCCUCUUCGUCCUUCUCCGCCCGCUGUACUACUCCGCCAUGUCCGACUACGCCACCAAGGUCUUUGGCUUCGCGACGUUUGGCCGCGUCUACGGGACAAUCGUAUGCCUGUCUGGUCUGAUUAACUUCUCUCAAACAGGUCUUGACGCCCUAACCAAUGGCCCAUUUGAUGGCAACCCUAUCCCGAUAAAUAUCAUCCUCGCAGGCGCAGGAUUUAUUGUCGGCUCUAUUCUCGUGGCUUUUGUGGCGACUGCAGGACACCGGCUUAGGAAACAGCGGGAAGAAGCGGAGGAUGGCGAACGGCAGAGGCUGAUUCCUGUGCGGGAGGAGAGCCCGCUUAGCUACACGUAAAUGAAGGUGAAG